GCGCGGAUCGCGCGCUCGUGCGUGCGCGCCUCAAUCGUGAUCACUCGGCGCGGCCGAGGAGGUAAACAUUGUACAGUACGAUUGGCCGGCCCUGAGGCGGCGGGUCUUUCGCUUUUCCUUCUUGCCCGUUUUCCAAGAGGAGCAAGAGGUCCCGUUUUCAUUUUUCUUCUCCGCAAGUUCGCAAGUUCGGAAAUUCGCACGCGAGUUCUCGCGAGCGCCAGUUUCGUCCCCGACCGUCGAUUUUGAAUCCGGAGAGUCAGGAUUCGCUCGUGAUCCCUCAGCUCGCAGCCGGGCUUAGUUUCUCUCUUGGAUGUCGUCGAAGCGAAAAACAGUGAUAAGCGGCUGGGUUUUGGAUUACGUGAGAUCGUAACGCAGCGUGUGCGCAGUGCCUCUUCAGUGUCUUCGAUGUUGGGCUACUACCAGACGGAACCCAUGUCGAAUCCAGCGAUACCGAUGUCGGCACCGGACGGCGGCCCAGAAACGAUGAACCCGGUGAAGAGCCUGGUGUGCAGUCCGGAUCUCGCGAUGUUCGCAGCGCCGCGGUGCAGCGGGGGCGCGGAAACCGCGGAGCCGGCCAGCCCGACGAUCGCGGACGCCGGGAAGUACCACUGCCGGUUCUGCCAGAAGAACUUCGCGCAGAAGACCGUCUACCAGAGCCACAUGAGGUCGCACGGCAAGGACGGCGAGGAGCCGUACGCCUGCAACAUCUGCAAGAAGACGUUCGCUGUGCCCGCGCGGCUGACGCGCCACUACCGCACGCACACCGGCGAGAAGCCGUAUCAGUGCGAGUACUGCAACAAGUCGUUCUCGGUGAAGGAGAAUCUCAGCGUGCACCGGCGCAUCCACACGAAGGAGCGGCCGUACCAGUGCACCAUUUGCGGCCGCGCGUUCGAGCACAGCGGCAAACUGCACCGUCACAAUCGCAUCCACACCGGCGAGCGACCCCACAAGUGCAACAUGUGCGAGAAGACGUUCAUACAGAGCGGCCAGCUGGUGAUACACAUGCGCACGCACACCGGCGAAAAGCCGUACGUGUGCACGGCCUGCAACAAGGGCUUCACCUGCUCGAAACAGUUGAAGGUGCACACGCGCACCCACACCGGCGAGAAGCCGUACACCUGCGACAUAUGCCGCAAGGCGUUCGGCUACAACCACGUGCUGAAGCUGCACCAAGUGUCGCACUACGGCGAGAAGGUCUACAAGUGCACGAUCUGCAACGAGACCUUCAACUCCAAGAAGACGAUGGAGCUGCACAUCAAGAAGCACCCGGAAUCGCCGGCGUCCAUCACCGCCGCCUCGGUCACUGACAGUUCCGUCUCUUUACCCGCAGCGAUCAGCCCGCCGAUCGAGCCGGACGUCGAAAUUUCUCACGGUGGUAGAGGCAGUGGUGACGGUGGUGGUAACGUGCAGCUUGAAUCGGCUAUCCCGACGAGCCCGAUUCUAUCCGGUAUUGCCGUUGAUGAUAAGGAGAACUUGAAGACUGAAGAAGCCUAUCCGGACUCAACGACGAGCCCUUAUCAACGAGAGUUGGCGUACUACUUGUACUCCAGCAACAGGGAGCAGCAGUAUUCGCACUCGGCGACGAUGACACCGGUAAAUACGGUGGAGCCCGUGCUCGUUGACGUCGACGACAAGCGCUUUCAGGCGAGCGUGGUGGUGAGCGCGCCGCUGGAAUCGGCAGCCCACCACGUGUUCUUCUACCCCGAGCCGGCGUAUACCAGUUUCGGCUUGACUGCCGGCGGUGGUGUUGACCUCGACGUCAGUGAUUGUUCAUCCCUGCUGAACCUUCCGGGUAAUGAUGCGCGUCGUAGGGUCGAGGCCGCGUUGGAAGCGGUUGAGGAGGAACGUCAGAGGCAGGAAUACAGUGCCGGAAUUGUCAAAGUCGACCGGGACCCGCUGCUCACGCCGCCAAGCAGCAAUCCUGAGAGCCCGGUAUCGUCGCCCGACCUGGCGUUGGACCUGGCCAUCCCGCCGAGGGAGACGCUUAUCCUGCCGCCCAGGAAGCGCAGCAAGAUGAUCCUCCAAUCGAUGGAGAGCGAAUACAGGAACAACAGCGGCCUAAUCGCGGCCUCGCAGAGGCAAAGCUCGGUCAUCCAGUUCGCGCGAGCGUCAUAGUAAACGUACCACUGGCGAGAGACUUCGCGAAGACCACGUGACUUCGGAAACUGGAAGAAGAAGUCUCCCAAGGUAACCAUCCAGUGAGAUCGAGGUUGAGGACUGAAGGAAGUCACUCUCUCCAUCAGAACGAGCUUGAGGAGAAGUCCGGAAGGUUUAGGAAUCUCGCUGGUCUUCCGACGUCCAGUGAUAAUCGCAAAACACGCACAAGCAAUAGAUCUUUCAACCCAUCGCCCAUGAUCGAACGCGCGUCUGGGAGGCACGACGAUCUUGCUUCUGAAAUCGGACAAGAGGGUCGCGCACGUAUGUCUUUAGCGAAAUACGAGUGUCGCUGCUCACUUCGUCCCUGCAUUCACAAUCUAGCACGAUUGGUCCCGGAGAAGGGCUGACCGUGCUAAAUCAACUCAACAACUGAAGCCGCGCAUCCGUUACUUAAUAAUAAUUAAUAGUAAUUAGCGCAAUCCGCAGUCGCGAAUGCGUGUAUUUUUCUAACAGCUCGCGGACAACGAUGUUCCCGUGGCUACUUUCUCAAUCUUGUUCGAUAGCCUCCCAGCCUUCGAGGCUUUAACAUUUUAACGUGUAUGCGAGUGUACGUGCGUGAGAAAGAUGGACUGGAGAGAAACUUGAUAUUUCUUCAUUGAGAGGGUCGCGCCGAUCAUGAGCGUGCUUGAUGAAGUAGCUACGCCGAAUAACACACGUACGGGUCGCUCAAUAUCAAAAGGACACGAGCCCAUGAGGCGAAUUCUUUGGAAAAUUAAUUAAUAAUGUUAAAAGGGAAUUAUUUAGAAA